UAUCUUUGUUAAUCCUCGUAUUUUCCCUUUUUUCUUUUAUAUCAUCUUAUUCUAGAGAGAAGCUUAAUAGUACAAGAAGUGUCGAGGAGUGAGGUUUUGAAGCUGUGUCGCAUAAUUCGAGCCUGCAAAAUGAGUACCAUGAAGUUCUGUCGUGAAUGCAACAAUAUUUUGUAUCCCAAGGAAGAUAAAGAGCAGAAGGUUCUGCUCUACGCUUGCCGCAACUGUGAUCAUCAGGAGGCUGCAGACAACAAUUGUGUGUACAGGAAUGAAGUACAUCACUCUGUUGGGGAGCGUACCCAAGUUUUGCAGGAUGUAGCUGCUGAUCCAACUCUUCCGCGAACGAAAUCAGUCCGUUGUUCCGUAUGCAACCAUGGAGAAGCCGUUUUCUUCCAGGCGACUGCUAGAGGAGAAGAAGGCAUGACACUGUUCUUCGUGUGUUGCAACCCAGUUUGUGGCCACCGUUGGAGGGACUAAACUGUAUAAAGGGCCUCUAGUGAAGCAAAUUCCAGGCUUCAUAUUCAGUCUAGAAACCUAAGAACAUUCUCAUCACAACUUAGCUUUAUCACUGCACUUCAGCUGUGUGGUUUAUCGAACAUUAGGGGAACUCGUAUGUUACUUUAUCUUCUGCAGUUGCAAACUAUAUGCUAACGUAGUUUCGUAUGACUUUCCUGCUUGCGACAGUUGAAAUGACUGGGAAUGAAUGUUGGUAUGCUGUAGCUUGAUAAUAUGGACUUGGAUUUGACUUAUGGUAGCAGCUUGUUUCUACUGCUGAGUUUAAAGAUGUAUGCUAUAAUCCAACUCCUUUUAAAUAAUUA